CACAUGUUGUACCGCUUACGUUGUAUUGCAACGUCUAUUCUAUCUGUUAUGUUUCUGCUUUUUUUUCAAAGUUAUUUACAAAAUUUCGCUCAUAAGUUACGGACGGUGCUAUAUCACACAAGUUGUACUAUAAAGUGUGUAGUAUAUCAAUUCUGAAAUAGUGAAAAUUGUAAUCAUCGAGUUACUUAAACACAUGAUGCAGGGAGCAGUUGCCCAUAGUGUCUCUUUCAAUCACCUUUUGCAACCAUAUGACCAUUCGUUGAAUUCACAAGCAAAGGAUCUGAGCUGUGUUCCAAAACAGAGACUAAUGUUUGGUAACUACCCUACGCCUCUGCAAAGUUGGAGAUUUUCUUGGAAAAAUCAGCAUUACAAUUUUUGGAUAAAACGGGAUGAUUUAACUGAUAUGGCAGCUAGCGGCAAUAAAAUACGAAAAUUGGAAUUCAUUCUUCCGGAAGUGAUGAAAGGAAAUUACGAUUAUGUUCUUUCGCUGGGGCCGUUGCAAUCAAACUCCUGUCGUGUUCUGUCCGCGAUAGCACCUAGACUCGGACUGAAGAGUGCCCAUGUUCUCGUCAAAACAUCUGAAAAAGAUGCCGGUUCAUCCGAAGGCAAUUUAUUCUUUCAUAAUCUGUUCGGUUCGGAGUUGUUCUUUGUAACAAGAGAAGAGUACCGACUGAAGGGCCAGGAAACGAUAUUACGGGAGACCAGAGACAAAAUGAUCGCAUCGAAAAUGGCAACCAAUCCGUAUAUUCUACCAAUGGGUGGCAGUGUAAUUCAAGGCAUUUUCGGCUAUGUCGAAGCUUUCAAAGAAAUCGAAGAUCAAGUCCUUGAUGGUGAUUUAGAAAUCGACGAAAUUAUUUUUGCGUGUGGAAGUGGCGGUACAGCUGCCGGUUUAUGUGUUGGUAAAUACUUGUCUACCAAAUUGAGACAUGUUCAACUAACAGGGUAUAUUGUAUGGGAUUCGGGAGUCGAUCACUUUUAUGAUUAUGUUAACGAUGUACUGGCUCAACUGGGACUGCAGACAAAAGUUAAGGCUCAAGAACUAAUCACGUUCGUCGAAGCUUACAGCAAAGGCUAUGGUGAGUCUACUGAUGAUGAAUUAGAUCUGAUGAGAUCUGUGGCGAGAUCAUCGGGUAUUGUACUGGAUGGCACCUACACCGUAAAAGCACUAAAGAGUUGUUUAGAAUUAAAGAAUGAAAAGGAUUUAGCCAAUGUAAAUUGCUUGUUCUUGCAUACUGGAGGUAUGUUUUCGUUAAUGGGACGAAAUGAAUAUCUAGAACUUAAGUGCUCGAACAGUACUUAGGACACUUAUACAAAAAACAAGUUUUUAUUAUUGAAAUAAAGUUUACAUCGAAAUUCAAACGAUUCUUUCAAUUGUUAAAGAAUUUUAAAAACUCCGUCUUUCAACUGAGGACAGGUAUUUGAAUAGAGCGAGUCCAAUAGCAUCAAAUCAGAAAACGCUCGCAAAUUAAACUGUAACGUCUUGGGACUAUACCUCCUCCACAUAGGCAUCGUGUCCUCAAUUACAAAGUAAUCGCCUGUCUUAAUGAUAUCGCUAACAAUUGCGCACUUUAAAACAUUGAACGUGUUGCAAUGGGCGUCAUCAAUGAACAAAAUUGGAUGCUCCAAUUUUCCGAAAUUAAUGUUUUCCGGAAAAUUGCAGUCACCCGUUAUCAACUUAAUGCCACUCAUGUCGUCUUCCUGAAUUUGACAUCUACUCAAGUCAAUAUCAACUCCGACCACCGUACAACUAAAUCCGAAUGCUUUGGCUAGAUCUCGAAACCACACUAAUGAACCGCCAGAAUAAACACCCAGUUCAACAAUUGUUUUCGGUUUCAAUUCCCACAAUAGGUUAUGAUAUGUCGCCUGUGUCUCAGGGUCUUUUAGUAGCCUCAAUCCUUUCCAGCUCACUGCGAAGAAGUCAUUGUAACCCAUCGUGUCUGGAAAUGGUUGAAAUCGGUUUUCCAAGAUCUGUUGAUGAUAAACUGGAUCUUCUCCAAGGCCUCGAAAUCGAUGCAGGUCCGUGAAAUUUGUAUCUGAUAGUUUUUGAACGACUCGUUCUCGCGAUGUUUGGGAAUCCAUUUAAAGAGUUU